AUGUGGAAGUCGCAGAAAAGCUCCGGCUGUUUAUUCUUCUUCUGUUGCAUCUGCCUGGCCGAGUGUCGGGUGCUGAAGUUUGUCGUCGCCGUAUUGCGCCACGGCGACCGAUCACCUAUUGAGUCAUAUCCCAGGGAUCCGCAUGGGGCGGACGUGUGGGCUCAGGGCUUUGGACAGCUGACUGAGCUGGGCAUGAAACAACAGUUUGAGCUGGGCAGGUUCCUGAGGAGGCGCUACGGAGACUUUCUCAGCGAGGACUACGACAACAGAGAGUUUUAUGUCCGGAGCACUGACUACGACCGGACUCUGAUGAGCGCCCAGGCCUGCCUCGCUGGAAUGUUCCCCCCAUCCAGACGCCCGCCUCCCAUCAUGCCCCAGUUGCUCUGGCGGCCCAUUCCAGUGCACACCAUCCCCAGGGCUCAGGACAAGCUGCUGAAGUCUCCAGGCAAAGACUGUCCAAGGUUCAGAGCGCUGAUGACGGACACCUUCGAGAGUGAGCAUUACCAGAGGUUCCUGAGGACUCACCAGCACUUUGUGGAGGGACUCUCCAACCACACCGGUUACCCUGUGUCCAAACUGGUCGGCAAAAAGAUAUGGAGGGUCUUCGACACUCUUAACUGUCAGGUGGUCCAUAACUUGACUCUCCCACGCUGGGCCACCCAAGACGUCCUGGACACCCUGAAGAGAAUCGCGUCCUUCGAGGUCACGUACAGCAUCCUCAGCCACAAGAGGAAAGAGAAGGCCAGGCUCUCGGGAGGGGUUCUGCUGAAUGCCAUCCUGAGGAAUUUCUCCCGUGCCGUGGAGCAAGGCAGCAGCCUGAAGUUCAUUAUGUACUCAGCUCAUGACUCCACACUCAUCACCCUCCAGGCAGCGCUGGACGUGUAUGACGGCCUCCUCCCGCCUUACGCUGCCUGUCAGCUCUUCGAGUUCUACCAGGAGUAUGAUGGGUCCUAUUCUCUGGAGCUGUACUACCGUAACGACUCCAGGAGGGAGCCCUACCCCAACGCCUUGCCGGGAUGCAACGGGCUGAACCCCUGCCCCCUGUCCCUGGUCAGUGAGCUGGUGCGGGACGUGGUGGCGGAGGACUGGGAGGCUGAAUGUGGGUUUCGGACAAAAUGGUCCAGCACAGGUGUCUUAACAGCUCUUGCAGUGGCUGUGGGUCUCCUGGCAGUGGCGCUGUUGUGCAGCAUAGGAGUGGCAGUCCACAGGAGGAGAAGGCAUUACUCCAGGGAGGUGUAA